UCCUUUUGAAUCACUAAACUCCUCUUCCUCCAUCAAGACACAAUUUGUCGAGAGAACAUAUUGAAGGAGAGAAAGCGCAGCAAAAUCAACAAUGUCCUUGCGGCCCAAUUCUCGUACCGAGGUUCGGAAGAAGUCUUACAAAGUAGGAGUCGAUGCCGAUGAAGCGCGGCGUCGGAGGGAGGAUAAUCUGGUCGAGAUCAGGAAGAACAAACGCGAAGACAAUCUUCUCAAGAAACGUAGAGAUGGGAUGCUUCCUAAUUCUCAUCAGUUUCCCGAUGCUUCUCACACUGCUGCUCUCACCGUGAAGAGGUUGGAAAGCAUCCCUUUGAUGGUUGAAGGAGUAUGGUCUGAAGAUCAUACUGCACAAGUUGAAGCCACUACUCAAUUCAGAAAACUAUUGUCAAUUGAACGUAGCCCUCCCAUUGACGAGGUGAUUAAAGCAGGCGUUAUUCCCAAAUUUGUGGAGUUCCUUGGGAGGCAAGAUUUGCCACAGCUGCAAUUUGAGGCAGCUUGGGCUUUGACGAAUGUGGCAUCUGGGACAUCAGAGCACACAAGAGUUGUUCUUGAACAUGGCGCUGUUCCUAUGUUUGUGCAGCUUUUGAGUUCCGCCAGUGAUGAUGUCCGAGAGCAAGCUAUAUGGGCAUUAGGUAAUAUUGCGGGUGACUCUCCAAGUUGCAGGGAUUUUGUUCUGAGCAAUGGCGCACUGAUGCCCUUGCUAGUGCAAUUAAAUGAAAACUCAAAGCUAUCGAUGCUGAGAAAUGCCACAUGGACUUUGUCCAAUUUUUGUCGUGGAAAGCCUCCCACUCAAUUUAACCAGGUUUCACCUGCAUUACCUGUUCUUAGGCAACUCAUAUACUUGAAUGAUGAAGAAGUUCUGACAGAUGCAUGCUGGGCUCUCUCUUACCUUUCUGAUGGUCCAAAUGAAAGAAUUCAAGCUGUAAUUGAUGCAGGUGUCUGUCAGCGACUUGUGGAACUUUUGGGCCAUCCAUCGCCUACAGUUGUUAUACCUGCACUAAGGACGAUUGGAAAUAUCGUCACUGGUGAUGAUGCUCAGACUCAGUUUAUUAUUGACAAUCAAGUCCUUCCAUUCCUGGCUCAACUACUUAUCCAAAAUUACAAGAAAAGCAUAAAAAAGGAGGCAUGUUGGACAAUUUCAAAUAUUACUGCCGGUAAUAAAAAUCAGAUUCAGGCUGUUAUAGAUGCCAACGUCAUCCAGCCUCUGAUAGCCCUUCUUCAGCUUGCUGAAUUUGACAUCAAGAAGGAAGCAGCAUGGGCCGUUUCAAAUGCCACUUCUGGAGGAUCUAAUGAUCAGAUCAGGUACUUAGUCAGCCAGGGUUGCAUAAAGCCACUUUGUGAUCUACUAGUCUGCCCAGACCCGAGGAUUGUGACUGUGUGCCUCGAGGGGCUAGAAAACAUUCUAAAAGCGGGUGAAUCCGAUAAAGAGGCAGGUAUGAACGAUGGGAUAAAUUUAUAUGCCCAGACAGUUGACGAAUGCGAUGGGCUUGAGAAAAUCGAGAGCCUUCAGACUCACGACAACAAUGAGAUCUACGAAAAAGCUGUGAAGAUUCUCGAAAGAUAUUGGGCAGAAGAUGAGGACGAAGCAGAAGGUGGCUUUCAGGCUAACAUGGAUCCUAACCAGCUUUCUUUCUGUUUACCAAACAGUGUGCCCAAUGUGCCUUCUGGUGGGUUCAAUUUUGGUUAGAAUCGGGAUUUCUGUUUUGCGUGUUUUCCUCUGCUCGAAUAUGCCUCGUUCAAGUUUGGUUACUUUUUUUUUUGUUUGAUUUACUUGGUAGUUUGUUUGUUUGUUUGCUUGCAUGAGUUUCACCUUCUUGGCAUAUAGGAUUGAAUCUUACAGCAUGGAGUUUAUGACAAUGCUCUCUAUAAGGGUUUAUUUUGAUUUGUUUUCUUUAUUAUCAUUUGUAUUGCAAAUAGCACUCAAAAGGAAUGUCAUAAAUUUUAUUGUUAUUUUUUGCAUUAAGAUGUCA